UCGAACUUUCACCUUUCGUAACAGUUUCAGGGCUUUUCAAAUGUUCUUUGCUGUUUUUGAAACGUUGUUUGUUUUUAUUGUGUCAUUUUAUACUAUAGGAGGAAUCGCAUACACUCUUUUAAAGUCGUGUAAGAAAUGAGAGAUAUUUUUGUUUAAAUUAUGAAAUAAUUCUGGUUGUGAAGAUGACGAGACUCAUUUGAUGGUACAGUCUUGAUGUUUACAAUUUGAACAGUGAUAUCGAACCCGUCAUUAGCCUCUAAUCCAGUCGUUUCUUCCAAAGAAGCACCCAACUAUGGCAGCAUCACAGUACGACAAGCUACGGGAGAAAAACAAGAAGUACCCUAACAUCGAUAACCAUUAUAAGUACAACCGGUUGGUAAUGGAGGAUACAUGUACAGCUCUGUAUGGUAUUAUACUCCAAGAUAUUAGGAUGGGGAAGGCGGAACUCCUUAAGGAAUCCAAGUUUAUCCAGGGACGUCUUUAUGAGACAUUGACUUAUAUCCUUGAGAGACAGGGCAAGACUCUAGACCAGGUCAUGAUGGAGUUCGAGCACCCUAAGAUGAAGUACCUUCGUAGUCGUACCAUCGUUCAACCUCGGAUUGACAUGAUUCUCGCCCAGCAGGAGCCCCAACAGCAGCUGAUCUCCGCCAUCUUGAUCCGUAAACGAACAGCGGGCUAUGAACCCGACGUCCGCAGUGUUCGCUCCGACAUGGCCAGGUUAGCCUACCUAAUCCUCGAGAAGGUCUUCCGUUUCGCCUUCUACAUCUGGAUCGGCACGCUGGACGAGCUCCGGCACGAGCAGAUGACAAGGAGCUUGACCACGCUGUGCGAGGCCGAGGGCGAGAUCAAGAACCACCUCGUCCUCCGUAAGCACACCCUGGUCAUGCCGCGGAUCGGGAAACCCAUUCCCUCAACGUUCAUGACGACGCUCCUAGUCAAUAAGAUCUCGCCUGAUUUCUGCGUGCGACUCUACAGGGUGGAACCAGAGUCGUCCAUGUGGGAUGAUAGAGAGGAUGACGUCACAAGGUUACAUGAGUUUUAUAGCAGUAAUUCUCAGCUGAAUACAGGCUAUGGUAUGUGGGGUAUAAGCGGUCAGAUCAGUAACGUUAGAAACCAAGUCAAGAAAGUACGAGAUUAUGUCGAGGCAAGUCUGUUUGACCGUGCACGUGCUAUGCUGAUGAUGGCGAGGGUGAUGUUCACCGAUCUCCUGGUCGUGAAAAGCCUCGAAAAGGACGACGCCGAGGAGACCGACUACCUCAAGCACCUCCUGGAUGAACUUAAAGUCGAGAUCCACCAGGAGCUGGAGAAAAGAGAAGGACAAUCAACAUCGGAAUCGGAUGAGAGUGAUGACUAAGACGAACAAAAAAAGACUUUCAAAGCGACAACGUAGAAAAAUAGAACGAGAGGGAAGGAGGGAGGGAGGGAGAAAGAGGGGGAGA